AUGCUGAGGAAACGAGCCUGGGAAGAAGACAGUGCAGUGCUGAUCGACAUGGCCUCCGUCCAAUCAGAGAAUGGGUCCUCUUAUGGAAGCACAGCCCAUGCCUCAGAGGCAGGUAAACAGCAGGUGGCCCCCAGCAGAGUUGGGAGCCCUGCCAAACCCCCGAUUGAUUUUGUUCUUGUUUGGGAAGAAGACCUGAGAAACCAAGAGAGCCCUACCCAGGACAAGACAGACACACAUGAGUUCUGGAGGGAGACCUUUCUGGAAAAACUUCGUCUGACUGGCCUGCAUGUAGAUCAGCAUGACGUCCAGGACAAGGCCACUGCCGUUCACUACAUCCUCCUCAGAGCACCCUGGGCUGUACUCUGCUACUAUGCAGAAGAUCUGCGCCUGAAGCUGCCUCUGCAGGAGUUACCGAACCAGGCCUCCAACUGGUCGGCCACCCUUCUCGAGUGGCUGGGCAUCCCCAAUAUCCUGCUGGAGCAUGUGCCAGACACGCCUCCCGAGUACUACUCCUGCCAGUUCAAAGCAAGCAAGCUACAAUGGUUCCUUGGAAGUGAUAACCAGGACACCUUUUUCACCAGUACCAAGAGGCACCAGAUUCUGUUUGAGAUCCUGGCCAAGACGCAAUAUGGCCAUGAGAAGAAAGGCUUCUUUGGGAUCGAUCAGCUGCUGGCAGAGGGUGUCUUCAGUGCGGCCUUCCCGCUGCAUGACGGCCCACUCUCUGCAGUCCCAGAGAACUCACAGGGCCUGGGGCUCACCCAGCGCCAAGUCUUAUUCCAGCACUGGGCUCGCUGGGGCAAGUGGAACAAGUACCAGCCACUGGACCACGUACGUCAGUACUUCGGGGAGAAGGUGGCUCUCUACUUCGCCUGGCUUGGGUUUUACACAGGCUGGCUCCUGCCUGCAGCAGUGGUGGGCACAGCGGUGUUCCUGGUGGGGUGUUUCCUGGUGUUCUCAGACAUACCAACGCAGGAGCUGUGCCACAGUUCAGAUGGCUUUGAAAUGUGCCCACUCUGCGCUGACUGUGCUUUUUGGCUGCUCUCCAGUGCCUGCACACUGGCCCAGGCUGGGCGGCUCUUCGACCACGGCGGUACUGUUUUCUUCAGUUUCUUCAUGGCACUGUGGGCGGUGCUGCUUCUGGAGUACUGGAAGCGGAAAAAUGCCACACUGGCCUACCGCUGGGAUUGCUCUGACUACGAGGACAUUGAGGAGAGGCCUCGGCCCCAGUUCGCUGCAAAGGCUCCUCUGACAGCCCUGAACCCCAUCACUGGGGAAGAUGAACCCUACUUUCCUGAGAAGAGCCGUGUACACCGCAUGCUGGCUGGCUCUGUGGUCCUCCUGAUGAUGGUGGCUGUGGUGAUUAUGUGCCUUGUGUCUAUCAUUCUGUACCGGGCCAUCAUGGCUGUGCUUGUGUCCAAGUCAGACAAUGCCUUCCUUUCGGCCUGGGCUCCACGAAUUGCCAGCCUCACAGGGUCAGUGGUGAACCUUGUCUUCAUCGUCAUCCUCUCCAAGGUCUACGUGGUCCUGGCCCGGGUCUUAACAAGAUGGGAGAUGCACCGGACACAGACCUCAUUCGAGGAUGCCUUCACCCUCAAGGUGUUCAUCUUUCAGUUUGUCAACUUCUAUGCCUCGCCUGUGUACAUUGCCUUCUUCAAGGGCAGGUUUGUGGGAUACCCAGGCAACUACCACACCUUGUUUGGAGUCCGAAAUGAAGAGUGUGCAGCGGGAGGCUGCCUCAUUGAGCUGGCACAGGAGCUCCUGGUCAUCAUGGUGGGCAAGCAGAUCAUCAACAAUGUGCAGGAGGUCCUUGUCCCAAAGCUGAAGGGCUGCUGGCAGAGGCUGUACUCCAGGAGAGGGAAGGCUGGCAUGGGGGCCCAUCCAGCACCUUGGGAGGCCGACUACGAGUUGCUGCCUUGUGAGGGGCUGUUCCACGAGUACCUUGAAAUGGCGGUGCAGUUUGGAUUCGUCACCAUCUUUGUGGCCGCCUGCCCGCUGGCGCCGCUCUUUGCCCUGCUCAACAACUGGGUGGAGAUCCGCCUGGACGCACGCAAGUUCGUGUGCGAGUACCGGCGCCCGGUGGCCGAGCGCGCCCAGGACGUCGGCAUCUGGUUCCACAUCCUAGCCGGCCUCACACACCUCGCGGUCAUCAGCAACGCCUUCCUGCUGGCCUUCUCCUCCGACUUCCUGCCGCGUGCCUACUACCGCUGGACUCGCGCCCCGGACCUGCGAGGCUUCCUCAACUUCACGCUGGCGCGCGCGCCGCCAGCCUUUGCGGCUGCGCACAACCGCACUUGCAGGUACCGGGCGUUCAGGAAUGAUGAUGGACACUAUUCUCAGACUUACUGGACUCUCCUGGCCAUCCGCCUGGCCUUUGUCAUCGUGUUUGAGCACGUGGUGUUCUCCAUUGGCCGUCUUCUGGAUCUCCUGGUUCCUGACAUCCCAGAGUCUGUGGAGAUCAAGGUGAAGCGGGAGUACUACUUAGCUAAGCAGGCCCUGGCAGAGAACGAGACAGGCUCUCCUUGGAGCAACAGGAGCGACGAAUGACCAGCUUCCAAGUUCAGAGUCUGGGCCUUCCAGCCUAGGGUCUUAGGACUAGUAACCUCC